UCAUUGGGUAUAAUAUAAUAAUUAUAGUAUUGAUUAACUAACUCUAUGAUAAGUACAUAAUAUAAGGUGAAUUACCGAACGAUUACAAUACAUUCGCGGUAAGGCAAGAUGGCGGUGUUGGCUUUGGCUGUUCUUUUCAUUGCAGGUCUCGCCUGCUCAUCUGCAGAGGAGGGGAAAUUAACCUCGAUUGAGGAGUACCCCAGCCUGGUGCAGGUGGAGAACCGCGCAGGCCUGCUGUGGCUGCAGUUCUGUGCUGGUAGCGUGCUGACUUCCUACCACAUUCUCUCAACGGCAAGAUGCUUCUCUGGACCCAACUACACAGACCGCAACCGCCGCAUCAGAGCUGGUACCUCCUACCGUGGAUCCGAGGGUAUUAUCCGUGAAGUCUCCAGAGCCUACCUGCAUCCAACCUUCGGUCUGUUGGCCAACGAUGGAGAUAUCUCCGUGGUCCGCCUAGAAACCCCAAUGACCUUGGGUAGCACUAUCGCCCAGGCUCCCAUUCUGGGUGAGGGCAUCUACCUGCCUUAUGGUCUGCAGCUGCAGCUUGUCGGCUGGGGUACUACUAGUGAGGGCGGAAACCGAGGCGACAGCAACCUCUACGAGCUGGACAUCUACACAGUCUCCAACGACGACUGUUUAGAAACAUACUUGGGGCGCGACGACGUAGUCAACAACACCAUCACUGAGAACAUGAUCUGCACCGGACUCCUCAGCACCAAGGGUCGGGAUCUUGACACUAGGGAUGAGGGAGCCCCUCUCUUCUUCAGCGGAGUGACAGUUGGUAUCGUCUCCUUCGGUGUCUCCAACGGAGAGGACAGUGUCCCUCUCGUCAGCACCGCCAUUUCUUCGUACACCAACUGGAUUGUUGAGACCGCGACUUUAUUAUAAAGAUGUAACGUGAUGAAGCGAGUUUAAAUUAAGAUGUUAAUUUUUAGUGCUUUUAAAUAAAGGAUUUUGUUAAAUUGUU